GUCGCAGCGCCUGCGCAGUCACUCUUCCUCAGGCGGCCGCCAUGGCGGGACAAGAGGAUCCGGUGCAGCGGGAGAUUCACCAGGACUGGGCGAACCGGGAGUACAUUGAGAUCAUCACCAGCAGCAUCAAGAAAAUCUCAGACUUUCUCAACUCUUUCGAUAUGUCUUGUCGUUCAAGACUCGCAACACUAAAUGAGAAAUUGACAGCCCUUGAACGGAGAAUAGAGUACAUUGAAGCGAGGGUGACAAAGGGCGAGACUCUGACCUAGAAGUGUGCUGGGCUGCUGCUGGGAAGUCGCUGUACAGAACACUGGCCAUGUGGGAAAGGCCCAGCAGCCUUCUGCUCCUCCUCCUCUCCUUACAGAGCAACAGGGCUUUUUCUUGUUUUUCUUUUUUCAAAAGUGGCCUUUGGGCUCUGCUGUGUGCCCUGGGGUGUGACGUGGCAUGGGGGAGCAAGCAGUCCAGGGGACCUCUUGGAAACAGCAUUAGGCUUUUUCCCUUUUCAGUAACAUUGUUCGGAACUACUUGUCAAUGUGUUUCAGGUGUUGAGAGGCAAAGGCUGGGACUCUUUAAGGUCCUCCCCACCUCUCAAACUCUCUCUCAGACUCUCCCUACAGCUCCCAUGGCCUCUACACUGAUUUCUGUCAGCAGUCGGCCUUCUCUCCACCUGAGAGAGUUGGGGGCAGUCCUGGCUGAGACUCGUGCCCUGCAGUGUGGUUGCCAGAAAAUGUUGUUGCUAACCCACCAGUUUCUUGUUCUGGGAGGUCAAAGCCAGGCCCCCAGUUGGCCUGAAGGGACAUUUUCAGUUUUCUUUGUGUCACUUGGGGUAUCAGUGGCUCUCAUGCUUCCCUAAUAAACUCGACUUUGUCUGACUGCUGUGACUGUGGUGGCAAGAGUGGCUGGAGAGGGUCUCCUUGUUGAGAGUCGGAUGUGCAGGAGUGCUCUCCAGCAGAAGAAACCCGCAGCCCUAGCUAGUUCACAACCUAGGCAGCUCUCCGGUCAGGGUUCCUGUCUGGACACUUGAACUAGUUCAGUCUGGAAUUAUUAACUACCAAGGACUUUGACUAUAUAGGUGUGUUAGACUCUAAUAAAAGAUACAGUAUUGAAUCAGA